AUGUUUCCUGAACCCAGCUUGUUCGAUUGCGAAACCGAAAUUAACCGGUUCCAAUUCUUGAAACAAAAGAAAACCUUAAUCAAAUUAAUUUUAUUCCUAUUUCCAGACUUACAGAAGAACUAUACAGAAAUCGCGGAAGAGGAGCGCCACGACCCGAUCCCCGAGUUCUGGGAGGGCCACAACAUCGCCGAUUAUAUCGACCCCGAUAUUUUCGAGAAACUCGCAGAGUUAGAGCGAGAGGAGGCGCUGAGAGAGGAGGGCGGCAUGUACGCCGUGCCCAAGAUAGAAUUAGAUGAAACUAUGAAGGAAAUCAAGCAAUUAGCUAUUCAAAUCCGGAACAAGAAAGCGGUUCUCAAAGACGAGUCCCGCAUCAACAAGCAGAGCACGAAGCCCGUCAUGCCGAGAAACACUCGCGCGAGACAACGGGACCGCUCUACCACCAAGCUCAGGGACGAGAUGGAGAAACUGGGCGUGGACAUGUCAGAAACAAAAAAGGCGCACUUCACCCGCACUCGCUCUCGUUCUCGCUCGCUCUCGGCGCCCGCGACAAAGAGGGCGCGCGUCGACGUGUCUCGCUCACGCUCCGUGUCCCGCCCCGCGCGGGACGAGCAGGGAGUCAAGGACACGCAGAUGGCGAAACGCGCGAAGAACAUGGCGCACGUGGCCAUCGCGAAGAAAACGAAGAAGAUGGGCCUCAAGGGCGAGGCCGACCGCUUCAUCGGCACUAAGAUGCCGAAGCACCUGUUCUCCGGCAAGCGAGGCGUCGGGAAGACCGACAGGCGAUAAUGUACUUUUAUCCAUUGAUUUUAGGGUUUAUUUUGAGUUGUAUAGAAAUACGUACGAAAAAAUAUUUUGUUUUAUGACCUGUUCAUCAUCUGUUUAAGGUUUAUUUUCAAUUAUACAAUAACAUAAAAUGGCAAUGAACUCAAUGACGACACAUGUGCGUUCACCUAUUAUAAUGUCGUUAUACCUAAAUGUCAAUGACGACACAUGUGUUUGAAAGCAAGAUGCGUAAAGACAGUAGGUGUUUACCUUUAUAGUAGAAUUUUUUUUAAUUGUUUUGAGUACUAUGCUACACCAUCAUCUGUUAUGUUACUACGAGUAUUCAAGUGAUAAU